AUGAUAUCACAGCGGGGAAUUGAAGCCAACCCAGCAAAGAUUGAAGCUAUCACCUCCAUGGCCCCUCCCACUUCGAUUAAGAAGGUCCAACAACUUAAUGGUUGUUUGGCAGCCCUAAACCGAUUUAUAUCCCGAUCGGCUGAUAAGGGUCUUCCUUUCUUCAAGAUACUAAGAGGUGGGAAAAAAUUUGAGUGGAAUGAAGACUGCCAAAGAGCUUUCACAGAAUUGAAAGCAUAUCUCACUUCCCCACCUCUACUAACGAAGCCCCAGCCAGGAGAUACUCUCUUCCUAUAUUUGGCUAUUUCUGCUGAUGCCAUUAGCGCAGUGCUCAUUCGGGAUGGUGAAAAAGGUCACCAACCGAUAUAUUACAUAAGCCGAGCUCUCCAAGGCCCAGAGCACCGUUACACCAAUAUGGAGAAACUUGCUCUCGCGCUCAUCAAUGCAGCCAGAAAGUUACGUCCGUACUUCCAGUCGCACCAGGUGAUAGUUCUCACCAACUAUCCCCUUAAACAAAUAUUGAGAAGUCCCGAGACUUCCGGACGAUUAGCUAAAUGGGCUAUAGAGCUAAGUGAAUAUGGGGUUGAGUUCAAACCACGCCCAGCCAUCAAAGCUCAAAUCCUAGCAGACUUUGUAGUAGAGAUGACUACAUCGGAAGAGAGCACAUCCAUACCCACUUGGGCCAUCAAUGUCGAUGGAUCAUCUACCGCUACAGGAGGAGGCGCGGGUAUUGCCUCCAAUAACGAAGCCGAGUAUGAAGCUUUGAUCGCUGGUAUCCGCCUCGCUUUAGCAGCUGGAGCUCGCAAACUCAUAGUACACAGCGACUCCCAGUUGGUGGUCAACCAAGUCCUUGGGAACUAUGAAGCCAAAGAAGAAUCCAUGGCAAAGUACCUUGCUCUUGCACUUACCCUCCUCUCAAAAUUGGAUAGCUACGAGAUAAAGCAAGUACCACGAGCCAACAAUAUUGAUGCAGACAAGUUGGCUAGACUUGGUAGUUCCAUGGCAAGCAUUGGAAGCCGGAAAAUCACCCUCCUCACGGCUUCCCAACCAGAAAUAGUCUCCACCGACGGAGUGAAUUGCGCUGAAGAGAGCGAACCCUGUUGGAUCACCCCCAUUACAAACUAUCUCAAAAGCGGGGAACUUCCGACUGACAUCGCCCAAGCGAAGAAAAUAAAGGUAAGGGCGGCCCGUUUCCUAAUGAUAGGUGAAGAUCUCUACAAGCGAGGGUUCUCUUCCCCCUAUCUUAAAUGCCUUAACCCAUCAGCAGCAGACUAUGUGCUUCGGGAAGUACAUGAAGGCAUUUGUGGUAAUCAUUUAAGUGGAAGAAACUUAGCUCUCAAAAUAUUGAGACAAGGUUACUAUUGGCCCACCAUGCAUGAAGAUGCGAAAAAACUAGUGCAGAGAUGCAAGCCUUGCCAAGAACACGCUAACAUCCUUCAUCUCCCCGCAGCAUUGAUGCAACCGAUUGACAGUCCCAUACCUUUCGCUCAAUGGGGAGUUGACUUGGUCGGUCCUUUUCCACCAGCAACAGGAGGACGCAAGUUCCUCAUUGUAGCUGUAGAUUACUUCACCAAGUGGGUAGAAGCAGAACCUUUAGCUCGCAUUCGAUAA